CACAGGCGGUAGCGAUUUACUUGUGUGCGGGGAAUUUCCUGAAAAUGCACUUUAAACAUCUGUUUGUUCUGCUGUUAUGUAGAGCUAAGUUUGUAUUUGUUGAAGCGUCCCUCCCGCUAGUCAUUAACACUUGGCCAUUCCGAGAUGCAACUGCGGCAGCGUGGGGAGCCCUGACGAAGGGUAUGAGUGCAAUGGAUGCUGUGCAGAAGGGGUGCUCGACGUGUGAGUGGGAGCAGUGUGACGGAAGCGUGGGGUAUGGAGGUCACCCUGACGAGGGUGGAGAGACUACCCUGGAUGCCAUGAUCAUGAAUGGUGACACCAUGGAGGUGGGAGCAGUGGCAGACCUGCGGAGAAUCAAGAAUGCCAUCAGUGUGGCACGCGCCGUCAUGGAGCACACCACACACACAUUGCUCGUGGGAGAAUCAGCGUCCAUGUUUGCACAGAACAUGGGCUUCAAAUCUGAGGACCUCACGACCAACACUUCACAGAGUGUGUUUUCCAAAUGGCUGACCCAAAAUUGCCAACCCAACUACAGGAAGAAUGUUUCUCCUGAUCCCAGGACGUCAUGUGGACCUUACAGACCAAGUGAAGAGAAGCAGAGGACAUGCCAGCAACACAGCCACAUUAGACUGGAUAUCCAUUCUCAUGACACCAUCGGAAUGGUGGUGAUUGGACAAAAUGGCAGUGUGGCCGCUGGAACGUCGACCAAUGGAGCAAGACACAAAGUCCCUGGUCGAGUAGGGGAUUCCCCCAUUGCUGGGUCCGGCUCCUAUGCAGACAGCACUGUGGGAGGAGCAGCUGCCACUGGGGACGGCGAUGUGAUGAUGCGUUUCCUGCCCAGCUUCCUGGCUGUGGAGCUGAUGAGACAAGGAGUGGAGCCGAGGGUGGCGUGUAAAGCGGCGCUGAGCAGAAUCAAGCCGUACUACCCAGCGUUCUUCGGAGCCAUAAUCUGUGCUAACGUCAAAGGAGACUAUGGUGCGGCCUGCAAUCUUGUGCCUGGAUUCAGCCAGUUCCCAUACAUGGUGUCGGACCCCCUGACUGGCAACCCCCUCCUGAAGAAGGUGGACUGCUUCUGAAGACCACACUGCCAGAGGGGAGGGAGGAAUUUUUCUGCAUCAUUUUCAGUGAUGGACAACCUGGAUUCAGACGAUUGUCUGGUUGAAUGAUCACCUGCUUGAAUUGGUCUGGUAAAACCAGGAAUAUGUGGCAGGCACUGCAUUGUAAUGAAUACAGGUUGCUCAUCUCUGAUUAUUUUUAAUAGGUUUUCUAUGAAUCAAAUAUUUAUUUUUAUACAGUCUUAAUUGCAAAAUAAUGUGUUCUUGUGCAAAUUGAGUCAUUGCCUAGGUCUGUAAUGCGAUAACCAAAUUUCACUGGGUUUAAAGGCCAACCAAUCAUCGGCAAAAAAACGUACUGUUUAAUGCCCAUCACAGAAACUCUGUCCGAGCUUCUGUGUCACUUUUACUGAAAUGUUUUAAGUGUAAUGCAGUCGACCAUAUAGUGAAAUGAAAUAAACCUGGAUUCUGCCUUCAA